GGCUUUUGUCCCCUUGCAGGUAACAGAGACAACUUCUCCCUCAGCAUUUUCUCACUUUCACGACCAACAUUCCUUGGAUGAGAUUUCAGCAUUUCAUAUGUAACACUCUCAAAAGGAUCCAUGUCUUUUCUUCGCUGGGUAUCUGAGAAAUUGAGUGUGGAGAGCCUGCGGGAUUUGGAGUUAUUUGGAGAGCAAGCUCAGGGACUCUCUCACAGGAAAGCCCAUGAGGAUAGUCAGGAGAGUCUGACCUCCCUCCCUCAUCGGGACACCAUGGGCAGCUUCCUCCCUGACAGCAGCUCCUACGAGGUCCUUACUAUUAUCGGACGGGGUCUGGAUGACUUGCUGGCAGUGAACCUGGCCCGGUACAGACCCACUGGGGAGCAUGUGGCCAUCCGACGGAUUGACAUGGAGUCAUGCACUAACGACAUGGUUACUUACCUGCAGAGUGAACUACAAGUGUCAAAGCUGUUUCAUCACUCCAGUAUUCUUCCUUACAAGAGUGUUUUCAUAGCUGAGAAUGAGCUGUGGGUCAUCACCCCCUUCAUGGCUUAUGGGUCAGCCCGAGAUCUGAUCUGCACACACUUCACUGACGGUAUGGCGGAGCUGACCAUUGCAUACAUUUUACUUGGUAUGCUCAAAGCUCUGGAAUACAUUCACCACAUGGGAUAUGUGCACCGGAGUGUGAAGGCCAGCCAUGUGCUGAUCUCAGCGGACGGACAGGUCUGCAUGUCGGGUCUACGGAGCAUCUUCAGCCUGAUCCGUCACGGCCAGAGGGCCAGAGUUGUCCACGACUUCCCCCAGUACAGCGUCAAGGUGCUGCCCUGGCUCAGUCCUGAGGUGCUGCAGCAGAACCUGCAUGGUUAUGAUUCUCGGUCAGACAUCUACAGUCUGGGCAUCACUGCCUGUGAACUGGCCAAUGGACACGUUCCCUUCAAAGACAUGCCAGCUACACAGAUGCUGCUGGAGAAGCUAAACGGGACGGUGCCGUGUUUGCUGGACACCACCACGAUCCCCCCAGAGGAGCUGUCACUAAAACCGUCUCGCUCUGGGGCAGAUUCCGGGAUCUGUGAGGGCCCCGGUGCUGGAGGAGUUCGUCAGUCCAACGGGGAGCCCUCCACCUCCUCGUCAGGGCACCCCUACAAUCGCACCUUCUCCCCACACUUCCACGCUUUUGUUGAGCUGUGUCUACAGCGAGACCCUGAGAAGAGACCGUCUGCCAGCACUCUCAUAGGCCACCCCUUCUUCAAACAGAUAAAACGCCGGCCCUCAGAAGCUUUGCCGGAGCUGUUAAGGCCUGUGACGCCCAUCACGAGCUACGAGACCUCCCAGAUGCAGGCCUCUCCCUCUGGACUGGCCAGCCUGGAGUCGGGCCUCAGCCACCUGGAAGUGGACGACUGGGACUUCUGACAAUGGAGGACUUGAUGGGGAGUCACUUGUAGGAUUCUAAUAGGGAAUCUCCAAGAGCAUACAGGAGAAGAUGUUUUUGUAAUGGUCCACUUGUAAAUAAUUUAGAUAUGAAACUCAAAAGAGUUGCUGUUCUCAGAGGUUUAAAGCCAGCAGCCGUUUUGCCUCGUUUUGAUGUCUCUCGCACGCUUUGGUCCUUAAGAUACGUACAGACUGUUGCAUUGCACUGAUGGCCUCGCUCUCUUUCACACACAUACACAGAUGUUUACAGAUUGUACUCACACAUGACAAGCCCCCUGGAGCCAAAACGCUACAGGACUCCUCUAUGCCUCAUGCUGUGUCUAAGGUUUCAGAGAAUGGUCUGUGGGUCUAGGUGUCGACUGAACCCUAAAGAUUCCCAUGGAACGCAUCAGUGGGAAGCUGCUAUUUAAUAUUCAGAGGGGACACUACCUCCGGUUUGAACAUGGCUGCUUGAUGUGGAACAUCUGCUCACUGAGACCACUGUAAGGGGGCACACCGGUCCGCACAGUUGGCCCUCUCUGCACCAGAUGGAUUCUGACUUUUUUUUCCAUCAGUUAGUUAAACAGCAUGUAUAUACAUUUCUUAGCUCUCUGCAUCACUUUUGUUACACAGAGAUUCAAAAUAACAUCGAUUUAGAUAUCCUUCAAGCAUAGAAGUGUGUUUCCUUGAACUUGCUCUGGGUGUGAUGUUACUAAUGUGAAUGGUGCUUGUUUUGUCUGCUUAACGUUUGAAAGUGAGGGCAAAGCGAAGUGUUGCAAAUGUCAAACCUGACUUCUAACAAUAAACCAUGUUCACUUUAA